UGAAACUCUCCUCUUUCACACUAACUGAAACUCUCCUUGUUGCAGGUGAAAAUAAGCGUUUAGAAUGUCGGGCCUGAUACCCAACGUGUUGAUCCCCGACUAGUCAGUGCAGUGUUUCGGUGAUUAUGUGAUAAUAGUACAAGUGGACUGAAAUCUGCCAACAUGCUGCCUACGAACGUUAUGUCCUUCAUGAAGAAGAUGGUGGCGACGGAGGAGGCGGCGGUGGGGGGCCAGCUGGAGUCGCCGGGCACGUUCGGCAAGCUGCGCCAGACGCUCUCCUCCUCGCUGCUCACGGCGCAGGACAAAGUAACGAAAUUGGGACCGCGGACGGGCGCGGUGGAGACUGCACCGGAGCCCACGCCCCCGCCCGCUCAGCCGCCGCCGCCCGCCCAACCGCCCAAGACUGAAAGAGAGGCGGGCAAGGCGCCGUCCCGCGCGGGCGCCUGCCGCGUGUGCCUCAAGGCGCUGAAACCGGGGGAGGUAUUUCACGUGUGCUACGGCUGCCAGCACCGCGUCUGCGAAGACUGCUCUUCGUACUCCAAGCCCGCUAGCGACGAGGAAGCGAACUCGUGGCGGUGCUCGGUGUGUCGGCGAAAGGCGGGGCCGCGUCUUCCGCCGUCCGCGCAGGACAGCACAGACUCGCUACUCGAGGUGCCGGUGCUAGAGCUCCAGCGGCGUCACUCGGAGGCGCGGCUCGGCAGCGCCACGGCCAGCAGCGGCCUCGCCCCGCCGCGCUCGCCCGAGCUGCGCCGGCACUCCGACGUCUCGCCCGCAUCGCUCAAGGAGCUCGAGAAAGUAAGGCCCGGUGGGGCCACAACACCGGCGGAGUCGCGGCGGCCGUCGACGGUGACGCCGGUGCGGCGCCGCUCAGUGCGCGCGCCCGCCAGCCGCCAGCGCUCCUGUGACGAGGACCAGCCCGCGCCGCAUGCGCUGCCGGCGCCGCCACCCAUGUCCAGAAGAGCGUCAGCAGUGGACGUGGUAGGGGCGGGGUCGCGGCGCGGCUCGUACCGCGCGGACGUGGAGGAACCCACGCCGCAGAUCAGCGGACUCAGCGUCGACGAGGAGCGCCCCGUGCGACGCCGCGGGAGUCAGUUGCCAGACAUUGCCGCCCUGCAGCAGCGGACGGGGGCAUUAAACGCGAUGGCAGCGUUGACGAGCCGCAGCGACGACAGCGCUGCAGCCGCGGCUGCCGCAGCUGCAGCCGCGCGACAGAUGUCCGUCGACGCCGAGGCCAUUAAAAUCGUGAUACACGACGUCGACGACCGCACGCCGCGCCGCGUGUCGCUGCGACGUGACCCGAAUGAUAAGGGUCAUAGAUCGCGCGGUUUUGGCAUGCGCGUGGUGGGCGGCAAGCCGGACGCGAGCGGGCGGCGCGAGGCCAUCAUCGUGUGGACUGUGCCCGGCGGACCAGCUGACUUGGCUGGCCUGCAGCAGGGGGACAAAGUGCUAGAAUGGUGCGGGGUGCCGCUGACGGAGCGCAGCUUCGAGGAGGUGUGCGCGGUGCUGGAGCGCGGCGGCGACAGCGUGGAGCUGCUGGUGGAGCCCGCGUCGCACCUCGACGACGCGCCGCCGACCAUGCAGCACCAUCAUGGACUGUAUGAGCCCGACACAGACAAGUCGCCAUCUUCCCCGACGCGGCGGAAACUGCCGAAAACCCCGGAGCAGGAUCGUGCGGACCGCUACCGAGAGCGGCCGUCGGCGCGCGCGCAGCUCCAGGUGUGGUUUGAGAGCGAGCUGCGCAAGCUGGUGGUGGUCCUCAUCGCCGCAGACGACCUGCCCCCGAGAGACCACACGCUCGGUUAUGGGGAUGAGCCGGAAGCGUUUGCCAGAAUACGCUUACUCCCAUCGCUUGAGAGUUGCCCACCGGUAGAAACAGACCCCGCAUCAGCAUCCUGCAGUCCCGUCUGGAACGCAACUCUCGGCUUUGGCGGACUCACAGCUGACUUGCUCGCUGGAAGGGCUCUGGAACUGACUCUAUGGGAUGCCUGCCCCGGCAUCGACCCAGUUCUUAUCGGGGAAUGUACGAUGGACUUGGAGAAAGCAUUUGCAGAAGAGCGUGCAGUGUGGUGGACUCUCGAAGAGCGCGGCACUCGGUCGGCUAACGCGUCGCCGCGCGGAUCUCUUACAGGUGCCCGAGCUCUUCGACGGGGAGACUUUGCCUCUCAACGAUCCGUAUCAGACGACGUGGAUUCGAUCGGGGAAUGCGCCUCGCUGUUGCACCCGGACCACGCGUGGGUGGCGGGCUCGCGGCGCGGCUCCUCGCAGUCGGAGACGUUGGAAGUGGAGGUGUACCAGCUGGGCAAGGACUUCUCGCGUUCCCUGCCCGGCUCCCGAAGGUCCUCCUUUCAGCAGCAGGAGAAAGAAGGCAGCGGGGAGGUGUGCUCGCGGCGCACGGAGCGGCGGCGCUCGUCGUGUGUGCGUCGCGACCCUGACGACAUCCUGCGCUCGCUGCGCGCGGUCAAGGGUGAACUGGGCCGAACUCUCUCGCUGUCCGGCUCCACCGCCCGACGCACGGCGACGGGGCGCAAGGGCAGCAUGUGGGCGGCGGUGCCGGCGGCGGGCGCGUGCGACGCGGUGGCGGACGACGACGACGUACCGCUCGGCCCGGGCCAGCUGCCGCCGCGCAACGCCCACCUGCCGCCGCUUCACGCCGAGAUCAACCUCAGCAUCAUCAUGAUCAAAGGACAGCUUGAGCUCGAGGUAUCUCACGCGCGGCGCGUGUACGGCGUGAACGGGGAGGUGCCGGACUCGUACGUCAAGUGCUACCUGCGCGACGGCGACAAGUGGCUGCACAAGCGCAAGACGCGCGUCGUCCGCCGCACCACCGAGCCGCACUUCAAACAGACGCUCAAGUACCAGGCCAGCGAGGCUCUCGGUCGUACUCUGGUGGUGAUGCUGUGGCAGCGGUGCGGCGGCUUCGAGCACAACCUCGCGCUUGGCGGCGCCGAGAUCAACCUGGACAAGCUGACCCUCCCGCAGCGCACGUACGGCUGGUACCCCCUCUUCCCCGCCACCUCCCUCGCCGACGACUCGCCCGACUGAUCCAGGGAGCCGUCGCCGGAGCGGCAACACUAGCUCCCCGACGGCUCGACGCUUCGUCGCUCAACGUGCGACGC